AUGUCUUCUCUCAAAGAUAGACUUGCUCAGGUCACUACCUUCAUGGGUGGCUCCAAGUCUGCCAACGAGCUCCCCUGGCAUCCAGACAACACCAAGCUACCCACACGCAAGAAUUUGCCUUCUAUCCCAGGGGCUCCCGAAGGUGCUGCUUGGGUUUGGGGGAAAGAUGACUAUCUCGGAAGGCUUAACCUUCUCACCCCAACCCGCGUCAAAGCUGCUGCUGCCGAGAUAAAGACCGGAGAAAUGGUACCUCUCAACCUACCCCUUAAUGUUCCGGAAACUCCAGCAUUUGGCCGAGAAAAAUUUGUGCACACCAUCAAGUGUCUCCAUGAGAAUAUCGCGUACGACGACAAGUAUGAGCUUAAUACUCAGAGCGGAACCCAGUGGGAUGGCUUUAGACAUUUCGCCCACAUGGCAACCGAGACAUUUUAUAACGGGACCAAGGGGAAGGACAUCCUCGGCCCGGAGUCAAACGAGAACUGCAGUAUUCAUCACUGGGCUGAUCACGGCAUUGCUGGACGCGGUGUGCUUCUGGAUUAUUGGGCAUAUGCCAAUGCCAACGGUAUGAAGUACGACCCUUACACCUCCCACGCCAUCACAUUCGACGACCUCUAUAAGUGUGGCAAAGCCCAAGGGAUCGAUAUCCGUCCGGAGGCGCAGGGCGGUGAUAUCAAAGUUGGCGAUAUUUUGAUGAUCCGGUCUGGUUUCGUGGAUGCAUAUAAUUCGCGUACACCCGAAGAACGCAGAAGUCUCGCCCUUCGGCGUCACGCGAUAGGUGAGGCAGAUGAACAGAGAUUUGCCGGAAUUGCUCAGGAGGAGGCCGUCAUUGACUGGCUUCAUGACGCCUAUUUUGCCGCCGUGGUGGGUGAUGCGCCCUCUUUCGAAAGAUGGCCAACCCCAAAAGAAUAUUAUCUCCACGAGUAUAUUUUGGCUCUCUGGGGAAUGCCGUUGGGCGAAAUGUGGGAUCUCGAGAGGCUUGCUGCCAAAUGCCGCGAGACCAACCGUUGGUUUUUCUUCAUGACAAGUGCUCCAGCCAAUGUCCCUGCUGGUGUAAGCUCCCAUGCUAAUGCAAUUGCAAUCUUUUAA